GUUCGGCAUGUCAGUACUGUCCAUCUAUCUGUUCUUCUAUCUUCCGUGAACUAAAUUGCAGACCAUGGAUCUCUCUCUUGAGGAUUUUUGCGCCGAUAAAUCUUACCGGGUUCUUGAGCUCAUCGGAGAGGGCGCAUAUGGUAUCGUCUGUUCAGCAAUACAUCACCCUUCCCAACGCAAAGUAGCUAUAAAACGCAUAGCACCAUUUGAUCACUCCAUGUUCUGCCUUCGAACAUUACGCGAGAUAAAACUUCUUCGCCAUUUCCGUCACGAGAAUAUCAUUUCUAUCCUCGAUAUCCUACAACCUCCAAGCUUCGAUCAAUUCAGAGAAGUAUAUCUCGUUCAGGAACUCAUGGAAACCGACCUACAUCGCGUCAUACGUACACAGCAAUUGAGUGACGACCACUGUCAGUAUUUCAUUUAUCAGGCAUUACGUGCCUUGAAAGCACUCCACUCCGCAGACGUUCUCCACCGAGACUUGAAACCUUCCAAUUUGUUAUUGAAUGCCAAUUGCGACCUCAAGGUAUGCGACUUUGGUCUGGCUCGUUCCGCCCGACCGCCACCAAAUGUUGCUAAUGAUAGUAGCACUUUCAUGACCGAAUAUGUCGCGACUAGAUGGUACCGUGCACCCGAGGUCAUGCUUACUUUCAAAGAAUAUACUCGCGCGAUUGACAUGUGGAGCGUUGGUUGUGUCCUCGCCGAAAUGCUCAGCGGGAAACCUCUAUUUCCCGGACGUGAUUAUCACGACCAGCUAUCAAUUAUAUUAGACGUCCUCGGCACACCCUCCAUCGAUGAUUUCUAUGCCAUCUCCUCCCAACGAUCAAGAGAAUACAUCCGUGCACUGCCGUUCCGCAAGAGCAAACCAUUUUCCCAGCUCUUCCCAGCCGCCAACCCUCUUGCAAUAGAUUUCUUAGAGAAAUGCCUAACAUUCAGCCCAAGACGACGAAUAACUGUUGUCGAGGCUCUACAACACCCUUACUUCGAACCUUACCACGACCCUGAUGACGAGCCCAUGGCCGACCCCAUCGACCCCUCCUUCUUCGACUUCGACAAUGGCGAGGCUCUAGAAAAAGAGGAUCUCAAAGUACUUAUAUACAAGGAAAUCACAAAUGCGAAAGCAUCCCAUCCAUCACUCUUGUUGACCAAAGAUGCCUAAAUGUAUUUGAUAUUGAUACCCUCUAGUGUAGCAUCGUAUUCAACGGACCUGAUAUAUGUGGCACAAUAUUAGCAAGAAAUUCAAAGGCUUGACACGGGAGCUGCUAUUCAGGACAGUUACGCAUGGCAGCGAGUAUGUAGAGUGGGCGAAAUUGACAGCCAAUAUUACCUUCACGUACCCGGCUCCAUAAUUAUAUGCGGUUCCUGCAG